AUGAUCACUCGAUUUUUGCUUGAGUAUCCUUUCCAAUUCACUGUGUCAACGAUGAGGAUGUUAGCUCGCCAGCAUGAAUUGCUAUGCAUCUCUCUGCUGGGUAUCGGUACACUGUUUCUGUACUUGGGAUAUUUCACUCAACGUUUCAUUGCGGAAUCCAUCAUUCAUUCCGUACACGUACGAGAACCUCGUCGAAUCUCCAAAUACGCCGGAUAUUAUGGGCAAGCGGUCCAUCAAUCAGUUUUUGGAUUUGCAUGUUUAGCGGCCCCAAUGAUACAGCAUUAUAUGGCAUCUAAGUGGACACUUUUCACAUGUGCUGUGCUGUUCUCCUUUUACUACCUCGGAUUCUUUCACAUCAAUCGUUAUUACUUCUAUUUUACCCAAGUACUAAUGGGCUUGUCAUAUUCACUGUAUAAUAAUGGAGAAGGAGCAUACCUAGCGGAGCAUUCGUCUAGGAAGACAGUCGAAUCAAACUCAGCUAUCGAAACAGCCGUUGGCCACAGUAGGUGA